AUGGCCUACCUCAUCAGUUUUACACUGAUUGUUCUCAUCAAGAUAUAUGCUGCUGCCAGUUCAUUCCACGGCACUCCAGUUCCGGCCCUGCUCUGGUCUCCAGAAAGGUCGUUGAGUCUGCUUCCUGAGAUCACAGGAAUGGAUCCAGUCAAGACUGAGGAUUUCCUACAAGGCUACUUAACUCCCGUCAUGACAAAUGGAGCAGAAAGUGCAGUUGUGUUUAUACAAGAUCAGUUAAACCUGGAACAUUUCACAAAAUAUGCGGACGUGUAUUCUCUUGACAGUGAUGGCGGUGCUUUCAAGAAUGUCAAGAGUUUAAUGGAAGAUCACUUCUCACUUGAGCUACCCCAGGUAGCCAACCCAUCGAAGGCUAUUGAGAAGCUGAAAGCAUCUUUCACUGGAGCUGUUCACACGGUGAAGUCAGUUGAAGAGGUAGAGGCCCUUACCCUGGAUAAAGACAAAAGGGUCUUGAUUAUUGUACAAUUGAAGCCUGUAAGGGGCCACAAUGAUCAUGAGAAUAUCAUCCAGCAGAACGACGCCAUCAUUGGUGCCAUCACUAGACAUCUGCAGAAGCGCAACGUCAAGUACAGUGCCCUGUUCACUGGCCAGUCUUCCUCUGAUGGACAGGCUGACAGUGCGGAAUCACGACUUAAUCGACAUUUACUGGCUGCAACAGACUCAGUCAACGGAACCUUCUUUAAUGAGAGCGAUGGAAACAUCUUUGUCUACAUUCGAAGUGCAUCACUCUAUUUGCAGAUAGAUAAAGAAAAGGGAAAAGCCAUUACCAUGAACCUCACAUUAACUCCCAGCACGGCCAGUAACUCAACUUAUAACAAUGAAACUUCAAUAGUCAGACUGGAUUUUCCAAAUGUUUCAGCCAAUGGCACAGAGUAUAAUGUCUCAAUUGUUACAGAAGCCGAGCGAUACACUGACCGCUGGGUAAUGAGUGUGUCUCUGUACGUCGAAGGUGGGGUGGCCCCAGACUCUAACGUGUCCCUGCAGAAUGCCAGCUUGAGUUCUGGGGAAAACGAUUUCGUCAUCCCCAUCAUCUACUCCUGGCAUUGUACAGAAAUGAAGUUGUUUCUGGACACAGUGAAUUACCCAAACAGUCGCUUUGCUGGCUCUUACAUCCUCCUCGAUGGCUACCAG